AUGGUUCGUGUAUCUAGGUGUAAUCAUCUACCACCGGUAAAAUCUACACUAAUUCUUCUGGUCUACACAUUAAGUUAUGAAGCUACAAAGUUAGAGGAGAAAAGAAUUCCGAAAAUUAAUCUAAAAAUCAAGUUUACCCAGAAUCUUACCCAACCCUCUCACCCUAGCCUAGUUUGCCACGACUUGGUCCCACCUGGCAGCCUCUCCAGCUCGCCCUUCCUCUGUCCCUCAUCCUCAGCCGACCAAGAAACACAGAGAGGGAGAGAUCGAGAGCCGACCGAGUCCUGGACGCGUCGACGCGUGGUGACGACGUGUCGACGCCUUCAAGUCACUGAGUCAUGCCUCCAUCUCCUCCAGACCGAGUCGCCCAACUCCACACAUCACUUUGGAGCUGAAGAAGCCGAGGGAGAGGUUCUCUGCCUCUCCGUCAUCCUCAACCUCGCCGCCGGUCGUAGUGACGACGACCUUCGCCAUCUCCGUUUGAGUCAAGUGCAUCGCCGGGAACGCAAGCCACGUCGACAACGCCCUGGAGCACGCACCGGUGCGCCGCCGCUUCAACCAUCGUCGUCGUCCGGCCAUUCUCAUCCACCUCAGAGAAAGCCGCUGCGCCAUUGUCAUCGCCUCAACCUCCUCUUCAAAACACCUCAAGAACCCCAGCCGAAAACAUCAAGAACACGGAGAACACAUCCUUUUCUUCACCGGCGCCAAUCUAGGAUCGCCUCCGCCGUCAUCGUCGAUUACCGCUGCCUCGGUGAGCCAUUGUUCGAUUCCUUGCGCAUACACCAUCUCCUUGACCUCACAACCCUCGUGCAUGCUUGCUUGAAGCAGCUCAUUGUCCCGUUCGAGCCGUCGUCGUUCACCCGAGGAGGAGCGCCGUCGCCGAGCCGUUCCACAAGUCACCGCUGCCGCCAAGACCUCGACAACCCUAGCUCGACCCACGGUUUAGUCUUAGUCUUUGAGUGAUGCGGGUUUCGAUUGCUUCUUCUAG